CGGUCAGCACCGCGGACAGAGGCACCCAGCAACCGCGCCAUUGACCUUCCUGCUUCGCUUGCGCCCGCCGGUUGCCCACAAGACUCGCGCCAUGACCGCGGAGGCUUACCUGCAAGAAGCGACGGUCUCGGCAAGCCAGUUUUUCGCGAUCUGGCGCCAUUACGACGCUGACGGCAAUGGAUACAUGGAUGGAAACGAACUUCAGGGUUUUAUCCAAGAACUGCAGCAGGCACGACAGAAAGCUGGCUUGGGCUUAACCCCAGAAAUGAAAACUUUUGUGGACCAUUUUUCAAAGAGUUCUGAUGGAAAAAUAGGAAUUGUAGAGCUUGCUCAGAUACUGCCAACAGAAGAAAACUUCCUAUUAUUCUUUAGAUGCCAGCAGCUGAAGUCUAGUGAAGAUUUCAUGCAGACGUGGCGAAAGUAUGAUAGUGACCAUAGUGGAUAUAUUGAUGCUGAAGAGCUUAAGAACUUUUUGAAAGAUUUACUGCAGAAAGCAAACAAACAGAUUGAUGAUUCAAAACUAUCAGAAUACACAGAUAUUAUGCUCAAGAUGUUUGAUGAAAACAAUGACGGAAAGUUGGAACUGACAGAAAUGGCCCGGUUAUUGCCAGUACAGGAAAACUUUCUCCUUAAAUUUCAGGGUAUUAAGAUGUGUGGAAAGGAAUUUAAUAAAGUUUUCGAUACAUUUGAUUCAGAUGGGAAUGGCUACAUAGAUGAACAGGAAUUAGAUGCUUUGCUAAAAGAUCUCUGUGAAAAGAAUAAAAAGGAACUAGAUAUCAAUAACCUUGCAACCUACAAGAAGAACAUUAUGGCCUUGUCUGAUGGAGGAAAACUUUACAGAACAGAACUUGCUCUCAUCCUCUGCGCUGGUGAAAAUUAAGAGUCCAUCUCUCAUUUCCACUCCAACUAGUAAUAUAUUGUAUCUUAAAAAAACAAAAACAAAAUUAACUGUGCAUUAUAAGAGAGUAGGCUUUAUUUCUUUUAUACUUUGUAAAUUUAAAAUCGCAUAUAGAUAAUUAGCCAGGUUAUGUGGCACAUUCUUUUCAGCUUGUUUCUACUAUGUUCGUAAUGUACAGCUUUUGUAACUAAAGAGGUUGUCUUAAUUUACCCUGGGCCAGUCUGUCAAUGCAUUUACCAAUAAACACAGCUUUGUUUCUGUGAGACAUGGGAGAAGAUUUUAACUGAGAUUGGUAUCGGCUAGGUCACCAUUAAGCAAAUAGAUUUUCGGCAAUGUCAGAAAGAAACACACAUUCAAAAUCAGUUUAGGAUGAGGGUGGAUUUCUUCUUUUUCUUUUUCCUUCCUUUUCUUCUAAAGGAAUGUAGUACAUGGGUAAGAGGGAGGCUGUUGGGAUCCACCAGAAUCGUGUGGUGGCAUCAUCUUCUAGAAAGUGAUUUUUGUCAAGUGUACUAUAAGUCAAUCAGUCCAAAAAGACUAGUCACCUCUUUCAUGGGUAUCAAACUCAUUGCAAUCACAUGACUUUUUUCUCCUUUGCGGAGCUGGGGUGGGCAUAGCCUGUGUGUGACAUCCAGACCAUAGACUGCUAGUUUGACACCCCUGUUCUAGGAGAUAUCCAGUGGUGGGAUUCAGCCAGUUCGCACCACUUCGGGAGAACCGGCUGUUAACUUUCUGAGCAGUUUGGCAAACAGAUUGUUGGAAGAAAUCAUCAGGGCAGAAACCGAUUGUUAAAUAACGUGAAUCCCACCACUGGAGAUAUCCCAUAUCUAAAUAUAUCUGAAAACACUAUGAAAUGUUUUAAGAAGUUCAUUAUUAGCAAACCAGUUUCAGUCGAGAAAGGAUUUGGGCAUAGACACAUCAGCAGUGCAUUAGUUUACUAUGAUCACGUCAACUUCCAAUAUGUUAUAAAUGUCUUGCUCUCCAGCUUCCUUAAAUUCACUACCAAGGUCAACAGAGGCUCUGGAUGUGAAGGUGCUGAACUUCCUGAGUUUUUAAGUUUCCUUGUUGCCUGGCAAGAACAACAUUGUAUUUUUACUGGACAAAUGGCAUAUUUCUUAUCAGUUAAAAAUCAAUAAACAAAUUUGCCUCAUAUUUUACUUUCAAUCGUUAGCAUUUGUAAAUGCUGUUAUGUCAGAGAAUGUCAGUCCAUUUUUCUAAAACUAUUUCCAUAUUUUGCAUAAUAUAACUCUUGCAAACUGCUGUUUUUACAUCAUUCUGUGUAAUCUAUAAUUAAAUUUAAUAUGCUAAUAUACUAGUACACAAUUUGUUUGAUAUUCUGUUUUAUCAGAUAAUAAUAAAGGAUACACAAUCACACAGAUCAAUUGACAACCCAGCUAAUUUUCCAACUUUAGCAAAUCCUCCAAUUACCACAAGAAAUAGUCAAUUUAUCUCCUAAUUUUUAUAAGUGGUUGAGACAUAUUCAAAGCAAAUAAAAUUGCUUUAUCAUCCAUGUACUGUACCUAACCUAGAAAUGAAGGAGCACAGAAAACCAUGUGUCUGACUCAUACCUACAUCACAAAUUCCAUUUAAUUAUUUUGGGUAGAAUUUUGUCGUUUAGUUGUAACAAUCCAAUAAAACAAUCCAAUAAAAAUACACUGUACUACCUGUUUACCGCAAAAGGAAGCUAUAGAGGCUGACUCUCAAUCAUAUCAAUUUAAAUGGCAUUAUAUAAAACAUUAAAAAUAUUGUUUAUCAAAUCUUCAUACAUUCAUUUAUUUUAAUUGAUUUGGGGAAACUAUUUCAUUGGUCUAAAAUUUAUUCACUGCUUCCACUUCCAAACAAACGUGAUAAUAUUCCCAAGUCUGUAUUAAUGUUGAUUUAACUUGUGAUGCAUCUAUUUUAUUACUGUAUACUUUCUUGAUCAAUCUAUUCCUUUAUAUUUUCAAAGAGUUACUUAAUAUAAGGUUGCAAUUUUUCCUACCAUAUGACUAGAAUGUACAUUUCACUGAUACAAAUGAGAUCCAAUUAGCAAGUGCUUGUAUAUAUAUUUUUUAAUUUGU